AUGCCGGCAGUGCAGUCCAGGCUAAUAGCCAGCAGCAGUUUCAUCAAAGCUCUAUGCAAAUGUUUGUCUCUGUAUUUACUUUAUCAGCAGGCCAAUGAAGCCCUCCACCACCAGCACCAGGUGGCCCAGAACAGCCUGCUGCCACUGCUCAAUGCAGGAGCAGAGCAGAUUGACCAGAAGCCUAUUCUGCCCAUUCAAAUGGACCAGAAGCCACCUGUCAGUGCUGCUGACCUCCUCAAAGAUAAUAUGGCCAGUGGAGGUGUGCGACCACCUGUGCCCGUGAUAAAGAAGGAACACAAGGGCAAAACACCGUUCAUCUGUGGCUACUGCAACAAGGCCUUCCGUGACAGCUACCACCUGCGACGCCAUGAGUCCAGCCACACCGGUAUUAAGAUGGUCUCACGGCCAAAGAAGACAGCCCAAACAGCCCCCACCAUGGUACCCAUGAUCUCCUCUAUGCCACGAGAGAACCACGGCACCCCUUCUUACAUCUCCACGGUAGCGGGCAUCCUCUCCACAGCAACCACCUCGGUUUCCUCAGGCACAAGUAUCAUGACAUCAUCUGCAAUGGGCAACAUGCCGCAGCAAAACGUCGUCAAGAAACCCCCGAAACCCGUCAAGAAAAACCAUGGGUGUGAGAUGUGCGGCAAGGCAUUCCGUGACGUCUACCACCUGAAUCGCCACAAGCUGUCCCAUUCAGACGAGAAGCCUUUCGAGUGCCCCAUCUGCCAGCAACGCUUUAAAAGAAAGGACCGGAUGACCUACCAUGUUCGCUCUCAUGACGGGGGAGUGCACAAGCCCUAUGUAUGUUCUGUGUGUGGGAAAGGAUUUUCCAGGCCAGACCAUUUGAGCUGCCAUGUGAAGCAUGUGCAUUCCUCAGAAAGACCGUUUAAAUGUCAAGUAACGGCCUGUACCUCUGCUUUCGCCACCAAAGACAGACUCCGCUCCCACAUGAUCAGGCAUGAGGGCAAAGUGACCUGCAGCAUCUGUGGGAAGAUGCUGAGUGCGGCCUACAUCACCAGCCAUUUAAAGACUCAUGGACAGAACAACUUUAACUCCUGUAACAAAGAAGGCAAUGAAGUCUGCAAUUCUGCCUCAGUGACACCUGUGACUGUCUCCGUCCCCAUCACCUCGGCGAUGAACCGGGGCAACAACCACCCUGUCACCAUAGCCGCACAAAUGAACAUUAGCACCAACACGGUGAACAUCACGUCUCCAAUCAGUCUCCAGCAUCCGGUCACCAUCACCGGACCCCUCAACAUCGCCUCUGUCAACAUCCCGGCCACGGCGCCGAUGAAUAUUGCCCACCCAGUCGCAAUAACGACCCCCAUGUCUAUGAAUAUAACCGGCCCGCUCAACAUCGCCAUGAGGCCAGUGGAUACCAUGCCUUUUCUGUCCCAAGUCUUGCCUUCCUCCCCGCCCUGGUAAAAAGAGGAAUAAGAGGAAAAGGAGAGAGAGAGAGAAAGAGAGAGUGAGUUUUGAACUGGCUAGAAAGAAAGGGAAAAUAAGGCAAAACUAGAGACUCCCCCGUACUCCUGAUUUGCUCGUCCAGUCCAGCUCUUUCUCACCCACCAACACCACCCCCACAAAAAAAAAACCCUCCUUGACUCAUCAAACCGUGAAGUGACUAUUUCCACAAGCUGUGCAGGCGGCCCAGCAGGAGAAGUCGCAGCCACUUCUCAACCAGAGAUCAGUGACUGACACCAGAUGCAGGACACUUGAGUAGGAAUCGAGUAGGAUUUAUCUUUAAAUCAGGACAAAACUGUAAGACUUAGUGUAGUCACUUAGAAUGAUGAAACUGUGAUAUUUUUUUUGUUUUGUAUCAUGACAAAUGAGAGAAGAGGAUUCCUCUAGCACACUCGAGGACUCUGUAGGAACACACACACACACACCAGUGCUUUUGUGAAAGGGAGAUGAGAAAUGGACUGAAGCAAUAAUUAGAAAUUGCUUUUUUGUUAUGUUUUACAACUUCUCUCCCAAAGCCUCUGGGUGUUGCUUUUUAUGUUGGUGGUUUUUUUUUGUUUUUGUUUUUUGUAACUAUAGCCUGCUAAUCACUAUUUAAUGUUAUAGGAAAAAGAGUCUAGUAAAAGGGACAGCAGCUUCCACUUGCAUGGAAGAAUAUUUUUUCACAGUGAAUGGCUUAUUGUUUCCUUCUCAGAUAGUUGGUAUGCUCUCGAGGUACAGUGACUAACUUGUACAGUUGACAUAGUAAUGUAUUUUCAUGUCAGCAUUUUAAUUUUUGCUCCAGUCAUUCGAGUAGACGUGUCAACACCGUCCUCUCGAUGAUGAAAUGCUUUGUUUUCUCUUUGUAUGGAAACACAAAGGUCUGUUGUUGUUUUUUUUCUUUGCCUAUUUGUAAUGUUUUUUUCCAUGAAGUCAGAAUGAACUGAGUCUUGCACUGAAAGCAUAUCCUACAUACAGGUGAGCAGCAGCAGCAGUAUUAUUGACAAAGAUCAAAUUGAAGUCUUAAAAGAAUGUUAGUGAGCCAGUCUUCACUUGUGGGCCAUCUAGUGGCUGUAAAUGGAAAGUCCUGGCUGUGUAGUGAAGCUUUUUCAGUCUGUUACUGUCAUUAGUUUUCUCUGACUCUUCUGCACACACGUUUUAUUUUGAAUCAUUUAUCUGUAAUUGCGCCCCCCUCCCCAAGAUGAUACUAAGGAUCAUUCACUCAGGAAAAAAAACAUAAAAGUCCAUUAUGCAUGAACAUGGUUCCUUUUUUAAAUUUUUUGGCAUUUUGGUGUGAGAACACUUAACCAGGCUUCUUUUUUUUUUAUAAAUAAAACAUAGCCGUCCAUUUAAAUGAUUAAUUGAGUACACGCUGUACCAUUACCCAUUUCUUUUAAAUUCUAGUUCAGUCUCUGGCUGCAUGGUCAUGUGGCUGAGAGCUGGAUGACUAUGAUGAAAUGCAAGUUUGUGUCCAUUAAAAUAAUGGGAAAAUAAUUAGUGUUGCAUGAGCCCAAGCACUAGAUGUUGAGCGUCAACUCUAUGAAUGCCAUGUUAUUUUGACUGUGUUGCAGUUCGUUCCACUUUUGGCCUGAAAAAUGGAAUAUGCAUGUUUGUCAUUCCCCCCCCCAAAGUUUAGUUUGAAACUAAAUGUUACCGUAGCUUCUUUUGUUGUUGUUAUGCAUUUGCGUAGAAACACUAUGAUAACCUGUUUGCCAAAUUUUGAUACAAUAACAAUGUGAUAACCUGAAACAUUUCUCAUGAAAUUGAACAUCUCUUUAUUUUUAAGGAAAAAAAAAGGAAAUUCCAGGACUCUUGUGAAAGCAGUUGAAUGUAUAUCUUUGUAAAAAAACAAACUAUUUUAGUUCUGAGAAUAUGGUAGUUACAAUAGAUGUGAAAGAUAAGAUAACCUUUUUUUUAUAAAUCUUUUGUAUUAGAACAUUAACAAUGGUAAUUUUGUAUAUAUAUGAAAGGCUUAGGCUUUCUGAUUAGCAGAAAGGUCAAACAUUCCUACAUUUUUUUUAAAUGUACGUUUGUCAGAUUAUUACAUAAACAUGCGCAAUGUUAUGUGCCUUUUAUUUGGGUUGUCUAAAUAAAAGAAAAUUAUCAAAUGUG